CUUCUCCCCUCUAACUCCAUCUUCCCAUCUAUCUAUUCAUCAACCAUAGUUUCCAUCUUCGAAUUUGAGCAACCUGUGUGAAGUCUUCUCCACUGACACCAGAUUUGAAAUUGUAGAUCCAUUAAUGGCGGAAAAAACCUCAAUCUUGGUCUUGCAUGGCGGUGCGGUGGUUGAAGACUCUGACGAUGCCUCCUGUUGUCCUGAUGUUGUCCCUGAUUCCGAAGAUGAUCUGACAUUCAUGAGGAUUGAAGACAGUGAAGAAGGAGAUUGGAGCGAUGGUGGCCAGAAAGUUGAAGUAUUACAAGAGGGGUUGCAGUCGGACACUAUGGAAACCAGGAUUCCAGCCUCCAUUCAGGCCAUGGUUGCCAUUUACCUUCGUCCUGUAGAUACAACGACAGAGGAGUAUUUUCCACUUGCGUAUCUUCCUCCGCAUCUAGACCCAAAAGUUCAACAGGGCCUUGAUGAAUUGCUUAAAAUAUGGCUACCUCUUUACAAAAAAUGAGGGUCGUACAUCCCUACUUACUGAUCUUUUCAUCUUCUUCUGUCGGUGCAUGGACUUGUAAUGUCCAUUAUAUGAUGCCUGCAUAUUUUCAUUUGCACAGAUGCUGAUAUGUGUGUCCUGUGAUGGCCUAAGUUAGAACUCCUCUGUUGAGCUUACCAUUUGAGCAGUUGACGAGAAGAUGAUGCAUGAUCCGUUGCCUUGUUUCAUUGGACAACCUUUUCUUUUUUGGAACAAUUUC